AAUUGAACAAUGCUUCCACAAUGCUCUACUAGUACCUCUGUCCCACGAUGUCACAAUGACCAUAAUUUCGACCCUCGCAACAGCCUCUUCUCAGUGGACCUUCUUUCUGCCGGGGACAUUUGUGAGACAUAGUUGAAGAGCUGGAUGCGCUGGUGCCUACGCCCGUGCUCUCGCGAUCUGUGUGAUACAAAGGCAUUGCCGAUGAGCAGAUCGAGAGCUGUCGAAGAAGUGCCCGCGGAGCUGAUUGCAAGCCUUCAAGGUCGGGUGCGCCAAGGUGAAGGAGGUUGACACAAGCCAUGGCUGCUGGCAAUGUCCCCGACAUGGCUCCAUUAUGCGUCAUUCCAAAGAGCAGGGCAAUUGGCCCACAUUGUCAAACCAAGGCACCCCUCGUGAAGGUGCUGCUCUGGACCGCACAUUUCCUGUUGCUGUCUCUUGCGGGGAGCGCUGCUGCGCAGGGCCUGAUCCCCGUGCCCGCGACAGUGACGCGCGAGCUCGGCGCGUACUACAUCAGCAAGCUGGGGCUGGCGGAGGGGGGCCUGGAAUAUUACGCGAUUCUGUCGCAACGCAAUGUCGGCAGCGACAACGCUUACCUGCAGAUCAACGGUCUGCCGGCGGCCGACUCCCCCAGAGAUGCAGCGCAUAAAUUGUCCAACGUGCGGGGCGUUUACACGGCACAGUCGCUUGGGGGAAAGGUGACAGUCGAGAGCUUUUACCGCCUACUGCGAUGCGAGGACAGCACGUGCUUCACAAUCAGCAGGCUGGCAGCAGCUGAGCUGGGGGGGGGGGCAUAUGGGCCAACAUACCCCCUGACUCUGGUCAAGACGACAAUGGGGAGUUCUUCCUGGCUCAUCAAUGCAAAUCAGGGGGCUGUGAAUUCUCUCCUGGCCUCCAAUGGGGAGCGGCUGUACAAAGAUGCGGUCUUCAAGAGUUUCAGUCUGUAUCACAAGCUGGUCACGAGGCCCAACCCCUGUAGUUCGGCGCUCCCCCUGACCCAGGCAGGCUCCCUUGCAGAGAUCAAGGGCCUGCCUGGCUUUACGUGCAUGAAUUUGAGCGGGGCUGGCAUAGUCGUUGCGACGUCAAGUGCUGUCAUAACAAGCUGGAUGGACUCCAACGCCCUACCAUGGAGCCAGUGCAACGGUUCGAUGUUCCGUAUGUAUCAAUCGCAGUACAAUGUGGGGCCGAGUAUUUGGAGGGUCAUCCAAAGCCCAGGCAAGGUGCCGCUAACUAUUCAGAUCGACCUUCCGCCAAACACGCAGUCGUGCUAUCUCUUCUUGACCAUCGCCAACAUCCUGCGAGCAGUCCUGGCGGUUCGCCAGUUCCCCUUUGACACGUCGGUGGGGCCCAAGGACGAGAUCCUGCCCGCACUUGCCAGACUUGGGUUCAAUGGCACCUGCGGACCAAGAUUCGUUUACGGCUGGUAUGGUGCAUUCUCCGCGGGCCAGUUGGAGGCGCUGACUGAAGGCAACCCGGAUCCAGACUUUGUAGCCUCGUUUCUGCCGUACAACACAGCGCCGCCUGAGGUGUGCGUUUCAAUGCUGGGCCAAAAUCAACCUGCGGAUGGCCUAAGGGCUGAGUCAGAGGACCAGUGCGCUCAGGUGUAUUUCGGAAAUGAGAGCCAAGUGCGGGAGGGCAUCAUCACGUCCAGGCAGCUCAGCCCCAAUGCGUCGGCAUCUGAUGUUUCCUCUUACAAGUCGGAUGUCGAAAGCGAGUGUGCCAGUUACAACCUCGGCAUUGAUCUGGUGCUGCCCCAAAUUGCGGUGGAUUUUGAGGCGGAGAAGAACCUUAUGGCGUCAUCCUCUGAGGUGAAAUUUCACCUGGACGGCGUUGCGGCUAACGCUGCGUCCGUUCUGGCCGUUGAAUCAGCUCUUGCCACGUGCGGAAUCAUCGUCGCACGCAUCAUCGCUCGAACGGGGCUCUACCGCCGCCGGCGCGUGCGGAGCUCCAUCGCGCGGGCCUCCUCAAUGGUUGUCGCCGCGAUUGUGAUAACCAUCUUCAACGUACCCAACUUCGCUCUCAUCAGCCGCUCCCUUGACAACCACGAAUCGCAAGCGAUGUACAUGCAGGUCAGCGUGCACGACUACCGCCCGAGCAACUUCUCCGCUGUCUUGCGCGCGGAGACGUACUCGUUCGUCACAGUACAGGGGUCGCGCGCGACGGCCGUGAUCGGGUUGCUGCUCUACAGUGCGACCAUGCUCCUCUGCCUCUACCUCACCUGGACUGAGUUCACCGAGAUUAUCUACCGCAGGGAGGCCGCCGAGAGCCGCCUGGGGCACGACGCCCUGAUCGCCGACAAAGACCUGCUUGUGCAGUGGCGAGCGGCAGACAGUCUCGUCUACGACACUCUGCACCCCAAGAAGGUCGUCGAAACGGCACGAGACCACGAGCUUGAGGUCAUGCGGUUUAACCUGGCUCGCGCGGCACCGGCCCCGGGGCAAACGUCCCCGGCAACUAGAGAAACGAACGCGGGCUUUUCUCCGCGGGCGGCGCCUUCCCCCCGGGCGAGGGUGCCAAAUGCUGGAGACUACUCGCCGCUCCGCGGCCCCCACGCAAGGUCCGACGGUCUUCCGUCUGGCGGACGGGGCAGAACGCCGGACCUGUACCCGGACGUCUGAGCCGGGGAUUUGAGGAGACCGCCUGGACAGGCGGCGACAUUGCAGCGAGCGAUAAGGUUUGAUUUUCCUUGGACGGAAUGGAUACGGGAAUCAUAGGGUAGAUUGGAGUCCCUAGCUAUAGAUAAUCAGUGGGUAGGAAUGCUAGAGCAGCAGGCAGUGUUGUCAGUACUUACCAGAUGAAGGUCGUAGAUGAGGGUCGUAGAUAAAGGUCGUUUGUGAGCUGGGUCUCGGACAAAAACGACUUUGCAAAUCACACGUUCACCAAACUGGAUUAGAGGUGAGCUUCGUUUAUCGAAGCGCCUUCGAGGUUUUAGGGUGCUAUCUAUUGUCGGUCGCUUGCAGAAAAGAUUGACUAUUGAAGAACAGAGUAGGAUACAUAGAUGGACGGAACGGUAGGAAUAAGUCCCUAGAUGACUCUACCUUGGACAGACGUGUUGGGACCCAGCGGUAGUGGACCUGGCAGCCGCUAUCACUCUGCGAACAGUGCGCAAAACUGAGUCCGUUCCUCGAAGCCGAGAUCCGGCCGGUCCGCCUGAGCCGCACUCAGUUGAGGAUCUCAGACACUUCGUCGUCCGUGCGUCGCAAUGCUUCCGAGCUCCCUGCGGCGAGCGCCGUUCUUGCAAUCU